GAGGCUGCCAACAGCUCCGUGGGGACAAGCGGCUUGUGCCAGCCCUCCGGCUCGGUCCCCAGCGGAAAAUAAGAUAUUCCCGGUGCCGGUGGCUCAGCCCGAGAAUCCAGCUCCGGGAAGAGCCGUGGACGCAGGUGGGUGGCAGGCGCGGUGCUGCCCGCCAGGAAGCCCAGACCAUGCUGGCCUGUCUGCAGAGGACCCAGAACCCCCCAGCCCAGCACCUCCCCUGCCCCACCAAGGCACUGGAGCCACGCAAGUGUGAGGCGGUGGCACCCAUGCAUUCCCCGCGCUACCCCAGCCCCGCCGAGCUGGACGCCUACGCACAGAAGGUGGCCAACAGCCCGUUGACCAUCAAGAUCUUCCCCACCAACAUCAGGGUCCCCCAGCACAAGCACCUUAACCGGACGGUCAAUGGCUACGACACCACGGGGCAGCGCUACAGCCCCUACCCCCUGCACGCCAGCGGCUACCAGGGUCUCCUGGCCAUCGUCAAAGCCUCCGGCAAAAGCGUGGUGAAGAACUCGGAGGGGAAGCGGACUAAGCUCUCUCCUGCCCAGGUCGGUGCCGCUCCCUACCCCGCCUCAAGCACUUUAGCUCAAGGUCCCUCCUGUGCCGGGCAGCUGAGCUACCACGGCGGCCAGAAGCAGCUGGAGGGUCCGGUGCCCCCCAACGUGACGGUGGCUGCUUCGGUGCUGCCGCUGGCGGGACGGAGCCUGGCCCUGCCGCCCUCCAACCUGCCCUCCAUCCAGAGCAUCAUCUACCAGAUCAAUCAGCAGUGCCAGGCCCCGGGUGGCCAGGCCGUGGUGGCCACCGACCCCAGCCCGGCCAAGCACGGCGCCUUCCCCAGCACCACCGCCUACGCCAGCACCGUCCUGCCGGAGUGCCGCAAGGGCGCCGAGCUGGCGCUGGGCUCCAACCCGGCGGCGGGCCUGGCACCCAAGGCAAGUGUCUACCCCGAGGGCAUGGACUACCUGGUGUGGCAGCAGAAGCAGCAGCAGCAGCACCUGCGAAUGUACAGCGGGGGCAGCGCUGGCGGGGGGGCCCUCAGCAAGUCCCCCGAGACCUGCGCGGGCGCCUCGCGUCCCUACGGGCUGGCCGGGGCGGCCGAGAAGGUGAGCUCGUCCCCCUUGAACUGCAUGCACGGCAACUUCUCGGUGGGGCAGUACUUCGCCCCUCCUUGGAACAGCAUCUUGGUGACCCCCAACAGUGACUGUUACAACCCACCAGAGCUGGGGACCGGUGCCCGAGAGCUGGGGGUGCCCCCAGCCGAGGGGCUGCCCAGCAAGACCCUCUGCAAUACCUCCAUCCUCAGCAGCAGCCUCCAGUCCCUGGAGUAUCUCAUCAACGACAUCCACCCGCCCUGCAUCAAGGAGCAGAUGCUAGGCAAGGGCUACGAGACCGUCUCUGUGCCAAGGCUCUUGGACCACCAGCACGCCCACAUCCGCCUGCCCGUCUACAGAUAAGGAACCGAUGCUGCUUUUCCCAAGGCGAGGACUUUCGUGCUCCCCUCCGGCACCGCGCGGGUACCGGACCGUGGCAGUGAGGGGCUGGGGAGGGGGACACGGGGUCAGCUCCCGGGACAACUGGCAUUUCCCCAGGGUCCCCAGACUGGAUACACUCAGAAGCUGAGGACGAAGGGACUGCUUGUCUAUAUAGCUCAGAAAUCAUUUUUAUCUCCACGAAUGUGAACAGGGAAUCGCUACGAGUUGCUGCUAUCCAGGGCGAGGAGGCUCCGCGCGGGCAGAGCCCGGGCCCGGCCGGGGGCGCGGAGCCGGGACGGGCGCAGGGAGCUUGUGCCUGACCUGUAGCUGAAGUCCGUAACUUGCACUGCUUUGAUUAAAGCUAAUAAUUGGGGACAGUCUGGAGGCUAUUUAAAACACUUGAAAACUUGAACAGAUUUUUUGUUUGUUUGUUUUGUUUCGUUUGGUUUGGCUUUUUUAAUUUUUAUUUUCUCUUUUAGUUACUAGGCUGUACAUCUCCGUGUUGGCUGCUACAGAGUCUCCUUCUCCCUCCUCAUCCUCCUCCUCCUCCUCUUACCCAGCACCCCGCAUGGGCCACUGGCUCCUAUUCCCACUCAUCUGGGAGCUGGGACCUCCCCCAGCCCCUCUCCAGCCCCCCCCAGGGACCCCCUGGCUCUCACAUUUCCAGGCUGUUUGUUUUUUUUUCCCCCCCUCUUUCCUAUCAGUUCUACCUUGGUUCUGGGUUAGUGGCACCCACAGUACUUGGGGUGCUCACAUAACUCCUUUUUUCUCUUUUUUUUUUUUUUUUUAAACCAGUUCCAAAAUGCCCAUUCUGGUCCAUUCUUCACUACGUGUAAUUAUGUGUUUAAUAGAUUUAUUCAUUUAAAACGGCUCACACACAAAAUACAAAGUGUUUUGAUGUUUUAAGGAAAAAAAAAAGAAAAAUACCCUGAUGAAACCCAAGGUGAUUGUGCUCAGAAAAGAGGUACUGUAUCCCUGAAAGGCCUGUUCAAGCACUAAGUGCAUUUACAAAUCUCUGAGAAUGUUUUUCUUUUUUUUUAUACUAAAAUCGACCAUUAUAUUCUACUGUGAGAAGUGCUGGCUGCACUAUAUUGUUUUAAAAAUGAGAGAAAACAAAUGGAAAAAAGGAAAAAAAGGAAAAAAAAAAAAGAAAAAAAAAAAAAAAAAAAAAAAGAAAACCAACACAAAACCUUCAAGCUGUGUGUCCGGAUGGUGUUUUUCCCAAAGUAAAACCAGGA